GUUUGCCCUUGUUAAUUACCGGAGAAACCGACCAGGGAGUUCCGCCCGGGAUUUGCUGGCCCGCAGCGGCGCCAGGCUCCCGUCUCUCCCCUGUAUCUCUCGCUGCUGUCCAGGUGCCCCACUUGCUUCACCGCUAAGAAUGGAAAUGAUGGACGGCUGCCAGUUCUCGCCUUCUGAGUACUUCUGUGAGGGCUCCUGUAUCCCGUCCCCCGAGGGCGAGUUCGGGGAUGAGUUUGAGCCCAGAGGGGCUGCCUUCGGGGCGCACAAACCAGAGCUGCAAGGCUCAGACGAGGACGAGCACGUGCGAGCACCUACAGGCCACCACCAGGCUGGCCACUGUCUCAUGUGGGCUUGCAAAGCAUGCAAGAGAAAGUCUACCACCAUGGAUAGGCGGAAGGCGGCCACCAUGCGCGAGAGGAGACGCCUGAAGAAGGUCAACCAGGCUUUCGAGACGCUCAAGAGGUGCACCACGACCAACCCCAACCAGAGGCUGCCCAAGGUGGAGAUCCUCAGGAAUGCCAUCCGCUACAUCGAGAGCCUGCAGGAGCUGCUGAGGGAGCAGGUGGAGAACUACUAUAGGCUGCCAGGACAGAGCUGCUCUGAGCCCACCAGCCCCACCUCCAACUGCUCCGACGGCAUGCCGGAAUGUAACAGUCCUGUCUGGUCCAGAAAGAGCAGCAGCUUUGACAGCAUCUACUGCCCAGAUGUACCAAAUGUAUAUGCCACAGAUAAAAGCUCCUUAUCCAGCUUGGAUUGUUUAUCCAGCAUAGUGGAUCGAAUCACCAACUCAGAGCAACCUGGAUUGCCUCUCCAGGACCCGGCCUCUCUCUCCCCAGUUGCCAGCACGGAUUCACAGCCUGCAACUCCAGGGGCCUCUAAUUCCAGGCUCAUCUAUCAUGUGCUAUGAACUGAAAAUCUAGUCUAGAUGAGUUCUACGAGGAGGGCCUAUUACACAGGAGGAAGGAAGCCCCAAAAGUUCCAAAGCAAGACAACUUGUAUAUAAAGAUUUCCUUUCAGUUGUAAAUUUGUAAAUAUUAUCUUGCCACUUUAUACGAAAGUGUAUUUAACUAAAAAGUCACCGUUGCAAUUAUACUUUAUUUCUUUUCUGCUCCUCUUCCUCCUUCUUCUUUACCUCCUUAUUCACUUUAGAUAUAUAGUUCCAAUUAUAUUCUUUGUGAUAGGGGGCAAUUCAUUGAAGGUAGCUUGUUGCAAUGCUUAACUUAUAUUUUUUUUAUAAAUAUUGCUUAUCAAAAUAUUAUGUCUGAUGUUAGAUCUUUAUUUUUUUCUUUAAAACAUUAGAACAGCUGGAAAUCAGUUACAGGAAACUUAAAUAUAUUUAACUUUUGUUUUUCUAUUAACGCUUUGGUGAUAUUCUAUUAAGUAAACAUAUAAUGAUACUGCUUAAUGGUAUAUAUUUUGAUCUUUUCUCAUAAGGAAUGCGUCUUUUUAAUGUAAGCACAAAAUAGUACUUUGUGGAUAAUUUCAAGAUAUAAGAAAUUUUGGAAAUUCCACCAUAAAUAAAAUUGUUUAGAUGA